ACGUUUCCAGGGUCGCACCCCAGCCCACUCCCUGCCAUUCCCGCAUGUCUCCAGGCCCGCAGCAUUCCCCGCCAUGCCCACACGCUCCCAGCGCCUCCCCCCGCGCUCCCCUCAGGCUCGCUGCCGGCGCCUGCGCGCGCCUGCGCCGCGCUCCGCCAUGGCGGCCUGGACGUGCUGCCGGGUGGCCGCCGUGUCCUGCCUGGUGCUCUGCGUCUCCCUGCUCCUGCCGCGCACCUUCCUGCCCCGGGCCGGCGGCAGGCAGGAGCCCGGCGCCGCGCCGCCCGAGGGGAAGCUCAGUCGCUUUCCACCGAGGAUGCAUUCCCACGCCACUCCCGAUGGCAGAGCUGUCCCUCAUUUUCCAAGGUCUCACCUUACUGAAGCAGUUGCCAAGGCCAAGGCAGGUGGAGGUGGCAGUGGAAGCACUGGUGGAAGUGGAAGAGGUCUUGUGGGACAGAUUAUCCCUAUAUAUGGAUUUGGCAUCUUCUUAUAUAUUCUGUACAUUUUAUUUAAGCUGGCUUCCAAAGGAAGAACUACUCCUGCGGAGAGGAAAUGCCCCCCUGCUACACCUGGGAACAUGAAGAGGAAAAUCACUGACUAUGAGCUCACUCAACUCCAGGAAAGACUGAGAGAGACAGAAGAAGCAAUGGAAAAAUUAAUCAACAGAGUAGGACCUACAUAUGACAGCAGGACUCAAAAUGUUACAACAGACCAGGAAAAAAUGUUACUUCAACAACUCAGAGAAAUUACCAGAGUUAUGAAAGAAGGAAAAUUCAUAGAUGACAUCUCUCCUGAGAAGGAAGCUGAGGAAGCUCCAUACAUGGCAGAUUGGGAAGGUUAUCCAGAAGAGACCUAUCCUGUCUACGAUAAUUCCGAUUGCUUCAAGCGCAAGCAGGACACAAUCCUUGUGGAUUACCCUGACCUGAGCCAGCCCUCUCCAGAAGAGCUGGCAGAAAGAAUGGAGGGCAUGGAAGAUGAGGAGUAUCCUUACAAUGAAACCCUGCUGAGUGAUCUCACCAUGGGAACGGGUGGUCAGGAUUUAAUGCAGAAAAAGGAUGAUGUAACUCUCGUCAAGGAGGAGAAGACUGACCUUCCUCCCAGCCAGAGCACUGGGGAGUGCUGCUGUUGCUGUGAUGAUGAUCCUGCUGUCAUAGCAGAGAAUGCUGGAUUCCACUCUGAGAGCUGCAGUGAAGCAGAAGAUGCAAGCCAAGAGGACCUGUCCGUGGAGUCAGAAAAUGAAAAUGCUGCACUGGACCAGCAAAAGAGCAGUGAUUCAGAGCAGACAGGCACACUGAGAAAGCGCAACACCAAAGUACUUGAUUGAUGGGGACAACCAUCUGGAUGGUAAAG